UUAUAUUGUUUUGCACAAGCACAUGGUUCUAUUUCUUUUGACAACCUCGACAAAUGUAGGCUAAUAAGUAGGCUAAAUAACAGAAAUAUUUGAAUGUUUAAUUUCAUCCUGUUUAACAGCACCAUAAACUGCAUCCUCCAAAAAUGAUCAUCCAGUAAUCCGUUUCAGCAUAAAUUUAACAUUAUAUAGUCACGAAGAGGGAUUUAGUGCCGUGCUGUUAUAUUAGGAUGCAUUCGUUUUCUCUAUGCACCUGAUGUUUUGGAAAGUGGUGAGAUGACAACAAAAACAAAGCCUGCAAGACCGCACCGAGGGAAAAAAUAACCUCGUAAAUAGUACCUGAUCAUUGCAAUACCUGUUCGAAAAACCUAAACCCACUAAUAUGCCAAAAUUUACUCACAAAAUAAACUUCAAUAUUACUCAACUCUUCAUUUACUCACAAAAUAAACUUCAAUAUUACCCAGUUGAGUGCGAAACCGCCCAAUCUGGUAACACAACCUGGAGCCAUUUCCGCCCUGUAAGCCGGCGUUUAAAACCUCAAUACGCAGUGUAUUUCAAAUUAUAGCUUCAUAAAGAAUACAGGAUUAGGGUUAUCUAUCAGGGGAGAUUUGUUGUGUUGCCAGAACUCCGAAGUUAAGUUACUUUCCGAUGUGUUUCUACACUACCUCGAAUGACUUAAGUAUCGAUAUUCUUUUUAUUUCAGAAUCUAUUUUAGAGCAUAAAGACCUGGUAUCAAAAGUAUCGAUAUUUCAGUAUCGAUCGGCGGCAUCCUCCAUGAGAUACACCGGGCUUGCUUCCUGGUUUGUCAUUCCGUCUAUUAACAGCAUGUUACAAUGCAUGAAGAAGUUUCAGAGCUUUCUGUAGCGGUGCCAUGGGGAGAGAUCAGAGGUAAGAUCUGGGGUCCUGAUCUUGGCCGCCCUGUGCUUUGCCUGCAUGGCUGGGCCGACAACUGCGGUACAUUCAACACCCUCAUUCCCCUUCUGCCUAAAGAGUGCAGAUAUGUGGCAGUGGACUUGGCUGGUCACGGCCUGUCAUCACACCGUCCUCCUGGAGUCUUCUACACAAGUCUUGCAUACGUGGCCGAUGUGCGCAGAGUCGUUGAUGCUCUCCACUGGACCAAGUUCUCCAUCAUAGGCCACAGCAUGGGUGGUGACAUUGCUGCCAUGUUCAGCGCUCUGUAUCCUGAGAUGGUGGAUGCCCUUGUGCUGCUGGACAUUUUGGGAUUUUUUCCUAAAGAUCCAAAACAAACACCCAGCAUGAUCAGGCAGGGGAUGGACGAGUUGCUACAGUUUGAACAAAACACAGAAGAGAAGAAAAACAGAGUUUACUCGUAUGAGAAGGCCCUGGAGAGGCUUUUGGCCGCAAACUCGAAGUCAAUAUCUGAACAUUCUGCACGCAUCCUUUUAGAGCGUGGUUUAACUCGAGUCGAAGGAGGAUUUAAGUUCUCCAGAGACCUGCGAGUUAAUUUUAAAAACCUAGUUCAGUUGACUUUGGAGCAGAGUCUGGAGAUUCAGUCAAGGAUUCAAGCCCCGGUUCUAGUUGUUCUAGGGGACAAAGGAUACUUUGGAAAAUCUCCAGAAUCAAACCAAGAGAAACUCAACUUUGCAGUUUUCCAAGGCUAUCGUGACAGAAAUCACACUGUGGUGACAGUGCCAGGCAGUCAUCACGUCCAUCUAAAUAACCCAGAAGUUGUUGCUCCGCUUGUUUCUGACUUCCUGCAGCGUACUUACAGCGGCCACCAGCUGGGGGAGCUCUCUCACAAAUUAUAACUGACCAAAACACAUAACAAAUUCUUGUUGUGAAAUUUCAUUAUGGCUCGCUACAUUCAUCUCAUCUCUCUCUGAGCAGUCACUACCAUCAAAUUGUCAGAGAUUCCUAUCUACAUGUGUAAACCUCCACGAAAAAUGUUAUUGGUAAAAUAGAACUGCUGCUGAUUUAAUUUUACAUCAUUUUGUGUUUCUUUUCAACUUAAGACCUUCAUGCAUUUAAUUGUCUUUAGCUGUCCCCAGCCUCAUUUGUGUAAAAAAAAAUAAAAUAACUUUUGCACCUGUUUGUUCUUUUCUUCUAGUAUUUCUUCUGUUAGACACUGACUGCAUAUCUCCAUCUUGAGUAGUUGACUGUAAAACAUUAUGCAAAGAAAAGAAUAAAGUUGAUAAAGGAAAACACCAUA